CGUGACGGCCACAGACACGGGAAGAGGGGUGCUAUUCAAAUGACGCGACUGGGGCUGCUGCAGGCGCUGAAUUGGCGCCAAUUCAGAGUAGCGCGCGCGUCGACGAGACUGCCAGCCAGCUGCCAGGACACGAAAAGUCCAGAACUUCCACUGCUGGUAGGGCGGAUGAGAACAAGGACAAGGUACAAUGUGGGCAGGGGAGAGAGAGAUGCAAUGCGGAGAGAUACAGCAGAGCAUGCAGAGCAUGCAGAGUGAGCGAGGAGAGAGCUGUACCCGGAGUGCGCGGUAUGCAUUGCAUGUACGCCGUCCACUGAGCUGACUCGCCGUGGAAUGGGAAACACGCCUCGCAGUCGUCGUCUGUCCUCGUUCGUCGUCGCCAUCUCGUCGCCAUCUUGCUUCGACUUCUCAUCGGCACAAGCACUCUCUUGCUCUUCAUUCUUCUUUCCCCGGAUCAGUUGUGCUUCUUGCCCCCACAUCAUCAUCACGCGCUCUCCGUCAUGGACGUCUGAUCUCUGUGCCAGUGUCCCACUCGCACAAAGCGCGGCCCUCUUAUCACACCCGCCGUCACACCCCUCUCGUCGCCGUUCCGCUCGUUCCCACCCCGCCCAGCAACAACACAAACAAACACCCAGCCAUCAUCACAUCUCCUCUCUCUCACACAUCCUCUCCAUCACCCUCCUCGGCUCACACACACACCAUGCCGUCCCCAACGACGUACGAUCAAAAGCAGCACAACCAGUAUCACAGACACGCACACCAGUAUCACCACAACCAGCUGCACCAGCGCCCAUCCCCAGGCCACCACCACCACCAACAGCAGCAUCACCACUACACGACAGCAGGCGACCGCUUCCCAUUCUCAACGUCCACCGCCGCCACCUUGCCGACAAGCCCACCGCCCGGGCUGUCGUCGUCAUCGCUGUCGUCGUCGUCCACGCUCAUCUCACUCAGCCAGGACAUCACCGCCCUCCUCUCCCUCUCGCUCGAGGCCGGCGUGUCGCUCGUCAACGACCGGGUCCGCGCCGCCCUCGGCCUCGUGGGCAUCGGAUCCCGCGUCAAUGCUCCGCCUCCUCGCCGUGCCCUCGAGAGCGGAAGCGGCCUAGCCGUAGUAGUUGUUGGCGCUGCCGACGCCACGGGCCAAAGUCUCACGCUUAGACUGGCAAAAUCCGGCUACACUGUCUUUCCGUUCGUGCCCGUCGCGACGACGACGGCAUCCAUGAACGGUCCUAUCGCGCCGCCGCUAUCUGCCCCGCUGUCGACCCUGCUCCUCGCGUGGUCGGGCGUACAGAAGCGCCUCCAGGCCCGCGAUCCGGGUCACACCGGCGCGGUUGUUCCCGUUGUCGUCGACGACUCGGACGACGGUUUCUUUACUUACCCGGCCUCGGCGCCACCCUCGCCACCGAAGCGCGGAGGCCGCUUUGCCCACGCCGGCGAGACGGUGCGCGCAUACUGCCGCGACAAUGGCCUGGCGCUCGUCGCGAUCGUUUGCGCCGCGCCGACUGCAAUCCCCGGACGGCCGCCGCGCUCGCCCGACAUCCCACACACGCUGGCCGAUACCCUCCCCACCGAUGUGGCGCCGAUCAUCGACCUGCCGGCGUCGUCGCUUGUCCGAGCCGACGAAGAGGCCCUCGUGGCGCUCUACCGUGCUCACGUGCUCGACCCCCUCUGUGUAGUUCGCGCGCUCGGUGAUCUGCUCGCCCAGCCCCGUGGCGCCGGCAGCCCCCACGGCCGUGUGCUGUUUGUCGAGACGUCGGGCUGUGUCGACGAGCUCGAGCUGCGUGCUCCCAGCUUUGGGGCGCCGGCCGGAGCGCCCCAGCUGAUCGCCACAGCGCGUGCGGAAACGGCACGGAUUCUGCGCAGCGAGCUGGCGUCGGCGGGCAUUGACGUGUGUGAGAUUGUCGUCGGCCCCAUGGCACCGCGCCUGAGCCCCACGACCCACGUCCGCUCUUCGAGUGGCGAUAGCGACACGGACAAGGCGCUCGCGUCCGCGACGCACCCCGACUAUUCCGACAAGGCCGUCGUGUCGCUCCAGCUCCAGCGGGAUGGGCCGAUCAUGUCGCGCCUGCGGACCGUCGCCCGCGUGUUUGCCGUCGACGAUGCGCUCGUGUACUCGUGCGUCCGCCGCGCGAUCGAGGACAGAUAUCCACGCUCGCGCCACCAUGCCGGGCUCGUGCCCCUGCUCGCGACGGUCGUCAGUGCCACGCCCGGUGUCGGCGUGGUCACCGUGCUCGGCCGCUGGGUCCUCGGGCGCCUCUUUGCCCCGCGCAAGCGUUCGCGUAGGUAACGAGCGAGCGUGCCCAGCGCAGUACAAUCUUGGCAGGGGUUGGCACCCAUUACAUUGUCCAUGCCACCUGCUGCGGAUGGAUGCGCAUAGGGGGGCAGCUGCGACGCAAACGCCUUGCAACCGUGACCCGCGCAUUGUCCCGACCACGACCCGCAAACAUCCCUCCCCUCUCCCCCUCUUCCCACACACCCCCACUCAUCACCACCAUCGUUCCGCUUCACGCUGUCACGCACGCCCCACGCCCCACGCCCCUCCCAUGUCCCCGCCACGCCCCCCACAUCCAGCGCUGGCUGUUGUAAUCGAGCGCACCGCUCCGCUCCCCCGUUUGUCAAUAGAGGCUCGCUUAGACGGCCGCAGUCGUUGUCGUCGUGUUCAUGUCCGCGUUCGCACGCACCGUAUUAUUUCACUGUAUCGUAGUGAUGCAAAGGAGUGCAUCGUGUG